GUUACUUGAGCGCAGACACGAGACACCAGCUGAAGAAGGCAGUUAGACAGAGAGAACAUAACAAUGAGUCACAAACACACUGCAGAAUAAAGAGAAAGAAAAACACUGGACCAAAAAGCAGGACGGACGCCAAGAGUGACUGAAACCAAAGGACAGAGUGCCGAGAGACAGACAGACAGACAUAGAGAGAGAAAGAGAGAGACACGUCUCUUGGGCUUCUCCCUGUCUGUUGUGGCAGGCAUGGCGUCAGAACCGGGCACGCAGUCCAGAGUGAUGUUUCAGACUAAAGAGCAGCCUGCCCAACGCAAACUGGGCAAACUAACGGUCAAAUACAACCGCAAAGACCUGCAGAGGAGACUGGACAUCGAGGAGUGGAUAGACGGACAGCUGCACCUGCUGUAUGACUGUGAGGAGGAGGAGAUUCCAGAGUUGGAAAUCGACAUUGAUGAACUUCUAGAGCUCACAGAUGCAGAACAGAGAUCUAGACUGCAGGAGCUUUUGCAAGAAUGUGGCAAGCCAAAGGAGGAUUUUAUCAAUGGGGUGCUUUAUCGGAUAAAAGGACUUCGCAAGAUGUCAGGAUCGCUGAAGAAAUAGAAAUAAAUCAAGAUAAUGUGAACCACAUUGCCCCGCCCCUGACCACACCCCAUGUCAUAACUCCACCUCCACCCUUAUGGUAUCUUCCUGUAUGUAUAGUGUUGAAGUCUGUGAAGUCUCUAGAACUGUCAUAAUUCACAUGUGGGACAAUGACGGAAUAUUCUAGAAACUGUGUUUUUAACAACUAUUAACCCUGUACAGUUUUGGCAGCAGAUUUAGAGGCGCAUUGCAAAUAAAAUGUACCGCCUAUUACUCAAAUGCAUUUUUUUUUGUUUUUGUGAAAUGUAAAUUUUGCUUGCCUAUUUAUAUAUAUAUAAGUGUUGUAUGUCACGAUGAACAAUUUCUUUUCAAAAUAAAAGAUUCAGACACGAAACUUGAAAAGCGCACCAUUUGAUUUGGGGUGUGUGUGGAGCGGAGGGGGGCGGGGCCCGGCAAGAAUGUCGCACGCCCGGUCCCCAAUCAGCCUGAUGGGGCGCGCGAGGGAUAAAGGCGGCUGGUGACGAUGGUUCGAGAGAGAGAGAAUUACGGGCAUGUCUGUCAUGUGUGUGUUUAUGUUUGUGUGUUUUGGUUAAAAUUUUUAUUAAAUUAUUAUUUAUAUUGACAAGCCGGUUCUCGCCUCCUUGCCCAUCUUAACCCCCUUACAUUGGUGCCGAGGCCCGGGAAGGAGGAGGGAUGCCCGUCGCAGAGUCCUCGACA